UGUUUUGUGAAGCGUCGGUUUUGUGUUGGCGAUUUUCCAUUAAAAUGUUUAUUCGACGAAAUCUUUGAAUUGAAUAUAGUGUGAAGAAAUGUUCUUCAUCAAGAAUUUAUGAGUAUAAAUGUAUAUUCGUCUUAGAAACUUUGAACCGGUAACCUAAAAGUGUAUCAACAAUGUCUGAAACAUCUUGUUAUAUCCUCGACAAUGGCUACACCGCCAAGGUGGGGUUCUCCAACAUGGAGCCGAAGGUAGUCCCGAACUGCAUCAUGAAAGCCAAGUCGGAAAGACGGCGUCCAUUCAUUGGGUCACAGAUAGACGAUUGUCGCGACGCCUCUGGACUAUUCUACAUUCUUCCUUUCCAAAGAGGUUUUCUUAUUAACUGGGACACAAAAACUGUCUGGGACUACAUGUUUAGCAAGGAAUGCUGUCCUGUGAACUUUAGCGAGACACCUUUGAUUAUAACAGAGCCAUUAUUUAACUUUGCCUCCAUACAGGAGGCUAUGACUGUUUUCUUUGAAGAAUACGAAUGUACGUCGUUAUUACGGAUAAAUGCUACAGAUUUAGCUGAUUACAAGUACAGGAAAGAUCAAAACAAAUGCACACUUGUAGUUGAUACUGGUUACAGUUUUACAAACAUAGUUCCUUAUAUUGAUGGCAAAAAGUGGGAGGGCAUAAGACGGAUAGAUGUGGGUGGAAAAGUGCUGACAAACCAUUUGAAAGAGGUUUUAUCAUAUAGACAGCUCAAUGUGAUGGAUGAGACUUUUGUAAUUAAUCAGGCAAAGGAGGAUUCAUGUUUUGUCUCUCAAGACUUAGCAGAUAUGGAAAUUGCAAGAAAGAAAGGUCCAGAAAACACGAUAGUCAAAGACUACGUUCUUCCAGACUACACGUCAAUCCGGCGCGGGUUUCUACGAGACAUCGUCAAACCGGACGAGGAAUUGGAACAGCAAACUCUUCGGCUAAACAACGAAAGAUUCGCUAUACCUGAGCUGCUAUUCCACCCUUCAGACGUGGGCAUCCCUCAGAUGGGCAUACCAGAAGCUAUAAUGAACUCAAUAGCGGCCUGCCCAGAGGAACAUACAGAGAGUUUGUUAGAAAAUAUCGUUUUGUAUGGAGGCAAUGCUAUGUUCCCUGGUUUCCGAGACAGGGUCUACAAUGAGGUCCGAUCCUUCGCGUUAGAUCAUUUUGAUGUCAACGUUACGAAAGCGGAAAAUCCUUUGACUUAUGCCUGGGAGGGAAAGCAGAUAUUCCGAGAUCCUGAUUUCUAUUUUUGUGUGACGAAAGAAGAAUAUGAAGAAGAAGGGAAGGCAUUAGCUUUCGAAAGAUUCGAUAUAUAACGUCGAAAACGAGCGAGGAAGUCUUCAGAUUAAGUCUUCUGUCGCUCGGUAAAAGUUUUCGGUCGAACAGUGAGGACAUUGUCGAAAGUGUAUUUGUGAAAGGAUAGCUAAGACAUAUGUUAUGAAUAUGAAUAAUGAUGUAUUAAUUAUGAUGAUAGCAAUAUAAUCAUAUUUUUGCGUAUUUUGUCUUAUUAUCUUAUUUUUAUAUUUGAGUGCAUGACGAAAACAGAUGCUGGUGCAGAGCACCACUUAUAUUGCUGCACCACAUAUGGUGCUGCCCAAUGUACCCCGCCUGCACAGCGAAAAUCUGUAUUCCGCCUCUAACAAUGCUGGAAAACAGUAACAAGGGUAGCUUUAUAUAUACCUAUAGCGGAAGUGAUAGCUGUAGCGAUUGCGAUAGAUUUCAAGCGGUCAUGCUAGGCCCGCAGGCGUCUUCAAGAAAUCGAAUAACAAUGACAAAAAUAUUAAGAACCUCUUCCUUUUUAAGUCGGUUAAAUUGAAAGCUACAGAAAACAGGUUUGUAGUCGAGCAAAAGGUCCAAUGAACCAAACAGCCAGUAACUUUCAAACCAAAACAACUGGCCAAUAAACAAACUCAGACGUUCUAAAAAAUAUAAAUCUGUCAAAAUUGCUUUCAAAAUCAUUUAAUUCAACAAACCGUUGCCGAACGGAUCAAAUUAUAAUGUUACUCACUAUUGUUGCAAGAUAUUUAAGACGAGGCAUUACUACCACGCCUCCACUGCUACAACAGCGAAGCUUGGUGAAAUUGAAGAAAUUACAAGCCGAUUUUCAAUGCGAAGAUGGACGCCCUGUAUUUUUGAAGGGUGGGUUUUGUGAUCGGAUCUUGUAUGGUAUUACUCUAAUAGCUUGCGCUUUUGGUCUAUUUUACGUCGUUGCUACUAUUUAUGAUAAUGCGAAACCUCCUUCCUGGAAGACGGUCUGUUAAAUUAUGAAAUAAAGUUAUUUAUUCGUUA